AUGACAUCUUUAACCUCCAUCGUCGCCGUUAUCCUCAUCGUCGUUUCUACGAUAUCGUCUGUUGAAGACUUUAUACUACUAAGCCGACUCCGAAUAGCAGCUUUUGUUUCAAAUUCAUUUUUGCCUCGAAUAUACCUCCUGGCGUUCUGCUCAUCUCUCGUCGGGAAACGCAAGACUAUGGAUUCAAAAUCGGCACGCUAUUCGAUGUCUGAACCAUCGGAUUUGGCAUAG